AUGAGUAACUAUCCAGGGAGUAAUAGUAGUAUGAUAUAUGAUAAGCUGAAUGCAAUGUACACGCUCACUUGUGGACUUGUUUAUGUGGUGUACCUCCAACACGCUACUCCACCUCAAGAAACAGAAUACAAAUAUGAUGCAAGAUCAAUUACUUUACAAUCCAAAGUGCAAAAAGAUAUUAGACUAUCAUUAGUUCAGUUUGAUGAAGAUACUUUUUUUAUGAAUGUGCAUUUCACUAAAGAACUGUUCAUUAAUAAAAUUUUUAGUUACAACAAAUAUUUAUCGGAGCUUCCGUUACCAAUAGAUGCUCUUAAUAUUUUACCCAAGCCAGGGUGUGCUUCCCAUCCGUACCAGCGCAGAGCACAAAUGCUUGAGGAAGAUCUUCGCCGUUAUGUUAAUGAUUAUCUUGCCAAAUUUGAGAUAAAGGAUGACGCUUGGGAUGCUAACCCAUUGCGUGCUUUAUAUUACCCAAUGAGAGAGUUUUUGGGAUAUGUAUUGAUGCCGAAAUUUUAUAGAGACUCUGCAUAUAAGCUUCAGCUGGCAAUUAGAUCAAACGAGCAGGAAUUUGAUAAUGAUUCUUCAUCAAGUGACGAUGGAACAGAUGAUGAAACAGAGAAAGAGAAAGAUUUCAAGACAAAUGGCAUGACAUAUUCAAAAACCGGGAAAAGUGAUACACGAGAACCGAAAGCACAUUCAGAGGUUAGUGUACCUUUGAAUUACCCAGAAGUGCCAUUUGGUGGAAGAAGCUUGGACUUCAAAGGAAUUGGUGGAAACCCAUUUGGAAAAUGGUUGAGCUAA